ACGUGCCGGCUGGGGACACGGACACGGACACGGCGGGAGCACAGCAGUGUGGGGAAAAGCACAGCUCAGAAGCAAGGAGAGCCCUGACAGGCAGAAGAAGAGAGAGCAGGGCAGUAAGGGGCUGGGCUGAGCGCUAAGCAACCCCUAUGCCACUGUGCCUGAAGGCUGCUGCCAGCAUGAGGGACUACUGCCCCGUGUCGGUGCCCCGGUACGGCCGGUACACCCCGCGCCUGAGGGCCUCGCGCACUGUGCACUUCCCCAACGACGUCGUCUUUCAGGACCACAUCAAGCAGGGGGACCUGGAACAGGUGGGCAGGUUCAUACGAGCCAGGAAGGUGACGCUGGACACCAUCUACCCCUCUGGCAUGGCAGCUCUUCACGAGGCCGUGCUGACGGGAAACCUGGACUGUGUCAAGCUCCUGGUGAAAUACGGCGCCGACAUCCACCAGAGAGAUGAGAACGGCUGGACGCCCCUGCACAUGGCCUGCAGCGAUGGCUACGCUGACAUAGCCAGGUACCUCCUGUCCCUCGGGGCCAGCCUGGAGGCCACCACCGACGACGGG